AUGACUGACUCGGAGGAUAGUCCAAAAUCGUCCAGUAAGAAAAAGGCGCAAAAAAAAACCGCGAAACCAAAGGCGAAAGCCAAGGAAACUAAACCAAAAGCAAAAAAAGAGACUAAAGUCAAGAAGGAAACGAAAACUAAAAAAGAAACAAAGGCCAAGAAAGAGGUAAAAGUCAAAAAGGAGAAGGAAGUCAAAUUAGAAGCUGGAGCAUUUGACAAACCCGGUCAAAAAUUUGUUACACCACCUCAGGGAGACGGAACUAGAGGGUUCUAUGAAAGUCUAUAUCAAGAGAACCCAAAUAGCUUAAUCGCAAUCAAAUUCUGUGUCGAAUACGGAAUAUUCGGAGGGCAAAAACACAAUGAAAUCCUAGACAAAUAUGUGGCAUUACAGAAAAACGGCCACUUAAAGGGCACUGUCGGCGCAAUAAAACCAGGAGCGGUCACGUUCCUGGAAAAACUAGGAUCUAAACAUGUAAAGUAG